AUGGUGACCCACGACACCAAAGACGCCAUCACUCGCGUCGAGCAAACAACGACGGUAACAUCCAACAACAAAAAGUACGUUGAUACUGCAGCAAAAUGGCUUGCAGAUGCGCACGUUGAAGAUGCAGCCUUUACCUACGAGGAGGAACGCGCAGUUCUCAAACGAAUCGACAAACGUGUUUUGGUUUUGUUGCUGGGUGCCUACUUUUUCCAACAACUCGACAAGUCGUCACUAUCCUACGUCUCUAUAUUUGGUAUUCAGAAAGACGCAGGGCUAGUCGGUAAGCAGUACUCAUGGCUCGGAUCCAUCUUGUACCUGGCGCAGCUGGUGAUGCAGCCUCUCGCUGCAUUCCUGCUCGUCAAGCUUCCAACAGGAAAGGUCAUCGCGGCUGCAAUCUUCUGUUGGGGUAGCAGCCUCGCCAUCAUGGCAGCGUGCACCAGCUUCAAAAGCCUGCUGGGGCUGCGAUUCCUUCUGGGUAGCUUCGAAGCCAUGAUAGCACCCGCGUGCGUUGCGACUACCACCAUGUGGUGGCGUCGAUCUGAACAGACGAUGCGCACUGCGUCCUGGAACGCAAUGAACGGUGUAACAUACAUCGUUGGAAGUCUGUUCACCUAUGGACUUGGUCAUAUCAACAGCGACUCGAUGUACAAGUAUCAGAUCAUAUUUCUAUUCUGUGGUCUUUUAACCGUGGCGUACGCUUUUAUGGUGUUGGUGCUCAUGCCGGACUCUCCAAUGAAAGCGAAGUAUCUUACCGAACGCGAGAAGGUCAUCGCUGUCGAGAGACUGCGCGCCAACCAGAUGGGCAUUCAGUCUGGUCAGUGGAAGUGGGACCAAGUGUGGGAGACGUUCAUCGACUUGAAGACUUGGUGUUGGUUCGUCGCCAUCAUUGCGAUCUCAAUCGCUAGUGGCGGUAUCUCCUCUUUUGGCAGCCUCAUUAUCAAGGACUUUGGCUACACGAACUUUGAAGCCAUCCUGUUCAACAUUCCAUUUGGCGCAAUUCAGAUCAUUUCGAUUCUCGGCUCUAGCUGGGGUGCAACGAGAUUCAAGCGCAAAGGUCUAGCUAUCGCCCUCGUCUCAAUCCUGCCUGCUGUUGGCACAGUCAUGAUGUUGUCAGUACCUCGGAGGCACAAAGGCGUUCUUCUCUUUGGCUACUAUCUGGUAUCAUGCCUAGCUGCCAUCACACCUCUUUACUACACCUGGCACGUUCAAAACACUGCUGGAGACACUAAGAAGAAGUGCACUUCCGCCAUGGUCUUCAUCGGUAUGUGCACUGGCAAUGUAAUUGGCCCUCUUCUCUACUCAGUUGACGACGCACCUGAGUAUCGUCCUGGGCUUAUCUCGAACCUUAUUAUGUUCAUUCUUGUCGGUGUCAUCUCACUACUGAUCCCAGUAUAUCUUGCAUUCUUGAACAAGAGACACGCGAAGCGCAGAGAGGAACUAGGAAAGUCGGCGGUCAGAAUAGACGAGUCAAUGCUGAAGAAAAACGAAAGGGAUGUUGCAAAGGGAAUCGAGCUUGGAAGUGAUGAAACGCUGCGACAGGAGCAGGACAAUGGCUUCUCGGACAAGACUGACAUAGCCAACGAGGAUUUUAUCUAUGGCGAUGUACUAGAGAACCGAGAGCACAAGGCGCGGAGGUAG